AUGCGUGCCUCAUUCACCGCCAUCGUCACUGGUCUCAUGGCCUUCAACGUUGCCGCUCUUCCAGGUGGAACCCCAUACACCUGGGGCAGCGGCGCUCCAGGCGGCACACCAUCCUGCGCCGGCAGCAAAUACACAUGUAAAAGCAACUCGCUCCUCUCCGUGCUCACCUGCACCAACAUCUUGAACGGCGUCGGCGUCAGCAUUCCUAUUAUCCUCCUCAAGGAGCGCGACGUCGAAGCUAGAACCUCCAACCAAGAUGGAGAUUACUGCUGCACUUCCAAUGGAUUGCUCUCACUCAGCUGUCUCAAUGUGGGCAAUGGACUUACAAUCACUGUGCCUAUCAUUGCAUAG